CUCGAAUGGUUUUUGUUCGUUCUUUAUAUCUUCACUUUGGUUUCAUAAUACCGACUCUAUGUCCCCAUGCCGUCCACAGUCAGAAUAACGCUUGGCGUUUGUUUGUCCACGGCAACGGCUCAUUAACACAGCCUUCCCAAUGCCAUAACCCAUGCCGAAAAUCGAUGGCUUGGCAGGAAACCCAUUUGAAUUGGUGGCUGCCUCCGCAGGGUGUCCUCGAUGCAUUCCUCUCUGAUGAGUCGAGCCCACCACAAUAUACUACCGCUGAUGCUGGCGUUUGCGGCACGGUGAUCUGCACACCACUGUCACAUCCUUUGAGCAUCCACUCAGAACCACUCUUGGCUGGCCAGCGUUGAGACGACAUAGGAACGCGGAAUGUCACG